CUCCAGAGAAAUUAUACAAGUGUGUGAGAGAGGUCUAUGUCUUCGCCUUCCUCUCCUCACCUGUCCUGCCUCAUAGUAUUCUUUGCUUAGGGUUUUGAUCAUGGAAAGACACAGAGGAGACCAUCAACGGCAUCACGAGCUUCAACAUCCCAACUUUAACCAGCACCACCCCGACCAGAACCAAUUCAACAACCACAACCACAGCCAUUAUAAUUACGACUCUAAUCAGCAGAUGAGUGGUGAAGCUAACGAGCCAUUUAGUGGUGGAUUAUUCCGCCCCAAUGGCCGCAAAAGAGGCCGAUUCCAUUCUUCAGAUUACGGUGAUGGUGGUGUUAAUGCAAAGCUUUAUAUCGCACCAAUUCCAAGAACAACGACUGAAGAAAAUAUCCGCUCUUUGUUUGAAGAACAUGGAAGUGUUGUUGAGGUUGUUUUACCCCGGGAUAAGCGGACUGGGCAACAACAAGCAUAUUGUUUUGUGAAAUACGCGACAUUUGAGGAAGCUGACAGGGCUAUUAGGGCUUUGCAUAAUCAGCAUACGAUUCCUGGGGAAGUGGCUCCAUUUAAAGUCAGAUAUGCUGAUGGAGAACGGGAACGCCCAGUUCCCCGUUGUUCCAUGGUAGGGGGAUUUGUGGACAAGCUCUAUGUUGGUUCUAUAAACAAGCUGGCUUCAAAACAGGAAAUUGAGGAGAUAUUUUCUCCAUAUGGUCAUGUGGAAGAUGUCUACAUUGCACGUGAUGAGCUGAAGCAAAGUCGUGGAUGUGCAUUUGUUAAGUUUGCUCACAGAGAUAUGGCACUGGCAGCAAUCAAAGGAUUAAAUGGAACUCUUACCAUGAGAGGGUGUGAUCAGCCAUUGAUUGUUCGUUUUGCAGAUCCCAAAAAACCUAAGACUGGAGAAUUAAGAGGCAGUUUCGCAUUUGGUGGUCCAAAUUUUGGUCCCUGCUCUCAACAACCAAUGAUCAGGCCAGCACCUGGGUGUUUUUUGCCUAACGCUUCAUUUUCUAUGCAACAAACCUCAACAACUGGAGUUCCACAAGCUGUUGCCCAUGCAGCAAAACAGGAAUUUGCAUCUCCUCAUAUCACAGAGCAACCACUUUCUUCAGUAAAGCACUCACCUUCACAGUUGUCUCAGAUGCCAUUACAGCAUAUGCAGGCUACAGAGAAAUGUUUUCAAUCACCUCAACAAGCAAUUUUUGAUACACAUAAACAGACCCAAAUUUUAGAGCAGCAGCAGAAUCAACAGCUUGCCCUGCAGGAGCAUGUUUUCCUGCAGCCAACUUGGACUGGAAACAUUCAACCAGCUAGUCGUAAUUCUGUCACCUCUGCAGUGCCUCCCAGUCCCCAAAUCGUGGAUCCAGGAGAGUGUGAUUGGAGUGAGCAUUCCUGCCCAGAUGGAUACAAGUACUAUUAUAAUUGUAUCACCUGUGAAAGUAGAUGGGAGAAGCCUGUGGAGAUCACCUUAUUUCUGCAACAAUUCCAGGAAGAGAAAAGGCUGCAUGGUUCAAACCAGCAAUCUUCCCUCUCGCCAGUUUGUUCUGCUGAGGAAGUUGAUCAAACACAAAAGGAACUAGAUCGUGUGCAAAUACAAUCAGAAACAAGUCCUGUUAUUGAUCCCUCCUGUGUUUAACAGGAGAUUAGGUUGCUCAAAGUGGCUGUUUGAAGUUAUUUCUUUGGUUUUAUCUAUUCUUCUGAGUUCUGCCUCCCUAAUAUUGUCAGCCUGACAAGUAUUUCCGAUAACAGGAUUUAGCUGUAAGCUUCAUAUUUCAUGCUUGGAAGGUCUUGGAGGCUCUGGAUUUAUGGCCUUAUUCUGUAGAACUGUGGACCUCUGGUAAGCCAAAAUAUACUAGAAAUAUCAGUCAUCUAUGGCAUUUAAUAUUGGACUGUCUCUAAUUUGUGUUCUGGUGUCCUACCAGUUUUGGUAAUAAUAUUUGAAAAGUAAGAGCAUUAAGCUGCAUAUUAUGUUUUUCAGCAUGUCCUUCUAAUUCACUUUUUUUUCCCUGUUUUCUUUUAUUUCUUUUCAUAGAAGAGUAAAAAGUGGAAAGAAAUCUAAUCUCUGCAAAUUGCGCUAGAUUUCUCAUGGCUGUGCAUGUUCCUCUUGCAGAGUAAAUGUAAAAAACAUCUUUGAGGCUAUCAUCUUCCUUUCAUUAUCCAUUCAUUUCUCUUGGACCAUUUGUGGAUGUGCACUUCUGGAAAUCAGGCAUCUUAAGUAGCAUUCCUAGGAGAACUAGUGCAAAGCAUAGAUGGCAUGCAUUUGGGUAUUUGGUGAAUUAUUCUUAGUAAAUCUUCCAGGAAUUACAUAAUUUAGUUGUUUCUUGCUGAGUUUGUGGCCCACGUUGCUGUGAAGGGCUUUGCUACCUGAUAUUCUCUCCCUGACUGCAGCAGUGUGCUCUUUUAAAGCUUCAGUACUGAGUCGGUAGGUGUCAUCAAGAGUAAUGUAAUCUUCAAUAACAUGUAAAUCAAAGUGCCUCUAUAACUGUACACUUUGCUGUAUGAAAUGAUGAGUUGAGUUGAUGGCAA